AUCCCGCCGCGCCGCUGCGCCCCUUCCCCGGGCGGAGCCCGACGGGGCGGCCGCGGCCGGCGGCUCCGCGCCGCGUCCCCGCGGGAGCGGGGCGGCGGCGGGGGCAGGGGCAGCCCCGGCGGCGGUGGGCAGGAGCCCGGAGGGGGCUGUCCGACGUGCCCUCGGGGAGGUGGGGGUCGGUCCGGCCGGAGCGGCGGCUCCGCGCCUCUGACUCUGCCCAAUGAGAGCCCGCAGCACGGCGGGCGCCGCCGAUAUUUGGCCACGGCCCCCGCGCUCCCAUCCCCAGAGCGUCCUCGGCCUCCGCGCAAGGACCUCGAUGGCCCGGCCCGGCCCCGCCGCCCGCCCCGCGCCGCUCGGGGGGCGCCGGCCCCGCUGAUCGCCCGGGACCCCUCGGAGCGGCGAGCCCCGCCGCCCGGCCCGGCCCUGCCGCCCCCCGCCCAGCAGCAUGCGCCUGGCAGCGGGGGCCCAGCCGGGGCUCGCUCAGCAGCGCGGAGCCGGCAGCCGCGCCGCGGGGCCGUGAGGGGCAGCGCCCUCGAGGGGAGCGCGGGCAGGACCCCCCGCCCCGGUCAUUUCUCCGUCUGGACCCCGCCCCGGAGAGAUAUGCUCAGCCCGAACCGCCUGGAAGCGCCUCCUGGGAUUGCCGUGGCCCCCGGGCGUGCGGAGUGCGGAGCCUUCCCUCGGACGGCGGGCGCGGCCCCGCGGCUUCGCCUGCCCCUCGUCCUCCUCCUCCUCGCCCUGACGCCCCGCGCCGACUCCUCGUGGUGGUACAUCGGGGCGCUGGGCGCGAGGGUGAUCUGCGAUAACAUCCCUGGGCUGGUGAACAAGCAGCGGCAGCUGUGCCAGAGGUACCCUGACAUCAUGCAGUCGGUCGGGGAGGGAGCCAAGGAGUGGAUCCGGGAGUGCCAGCACCAGUUCAGGCACCACCGCUGGAACUGCAGCACCUUGGACCGGGACCACACCGUCUUCGGGCGGGUCAUGCUGCGAAGCAGCAGGGAGGCCGCCUUCGUCUACGCCAUCUCCUCGGCUGGAGUGGUCUACGCCAUCACGCGGGCGUGCAGUCAAGGGGACCUGAAGGCCUGCAGCUGCGACCCGCUCAAGAGGGGCCGCUCCAAGGACGAGCGUGGGGAGUUCGACUGGGGCGGCUGCAGCGACAACAUCAACUAUGGGAUCCGGUUUGCCAAAGCCUUCGUGGAUGCCAAGGAGAAGAAAGUGAAGGACGCCCGGGCGCUGAUGAACCUGCACAACAACCGCUGCGGGAGGAUGGCUGUGAAGCGUUUCCUCAAGCUGGAAUGCAAAUGCCACGGGGUCAGCGGCUCCUGCACACUAAGGACUUGUUGGCUGGCAAUGUCAGAUUUUCGAAAAACAGGGGAUUACCUGAGGAAGAAAUACAACGGGGCCAUCCAGGUGACGAUGAACCAGGACGGCACUGGCUUCACGGUGGCCAACAAGAACUUCAGGAAGCCCACGAAAACAGAUCUGGUGUAUUUUGAGAACUCACCUGAUUACUGCGUGAUGGACAAGUCAGCAGGCUCCCUGGGCACGGCCGGUCGCGUGUGCAACAAGAUGUCCCGCGGGACGGACGGUUGCGAGGUGAUGUGCUGCGGGCGCGGGUACGACACCACGCGCGUCACGCGCGUCACCAAGUGCGAGUGCAAGUUCCACUGGUGCUGCGCUGUGCGCUGCAAGGAGUGCGAGGACACUGUGGACGUGCACACGUGUAAAGCACCGAAACGGGCCGAGUGGUUGGACCAGACCUGAGGAGACGGGAGCACAGAGGGACGAACCCAUUGCCACCCCCCCUUGCAAUUUUUUUAAAACCCUGUGCCCUGAGGGCCAUGACAUUCUGGGAGCUGUAGUUCAACUGCAUGGCUUUUAUUUAAUUAAUUCUGCAAAGCACUAAAGAAAGGACUAUGUUUCCCAGGAGGUACUGUGGACCCUUCUAUUUGCUCAGCAAAACUAAUCCCCUACCUAGGAGGAGUCUGCAAUCCUUGCUUAAACUGUGAAACUGCUGUUGCCCGUUGUUCUCUUUGCAAAGGGACGGUGCAACCUAUAGAGACGCGGAGGGCCGACGGUCAGGAUGCGAUGGCUGAGGAAACCUGCACCUCCCCAGAGAACUUACGUUGCAGUGAAGUUUCACCAGCAAAAAAACACUAGUUCUGAAUAAUCCACUCCUGCAGAAAGCAUUCAUGCUUUUACUUUUUUGCAAGGCCAGAGGAAGGGUGUUGUGAAUCCGUAAGACAGUUCUGUGAUCCCCGAGUUUCCCUCGGGAAAAGCCGGCGCACCCCCCCCGGCCGCACUGCUGACCCCGCUGAGCAAGAGCAACCUCUGCACGAGGCUUCUCGCCGUCUUCCCAGCGAAGGUGACAAGCGGAGAUGUACAUUGGAGCUGAAACAUGAACGACUGCGCAAAGACAAGGGCCAGCCCUAGAUGCUGGCAGACACAGAGGGCUAGAGAAAGCAAACAAAACCUGUGAACUUACCGGUAGGUUCUGAAGUCAACAGAUACAACAGUGUCUCUGUAACACUCACCUGUAUGUUGUGUAUACUGCUUAUUAUUUUAAGUCAAAAUUCAUUAUAAACCUGUAUCAGAAAAUCA